ACCAGCGUCAUAUCGACAUUUAAUCCCGUUAACCCCGCGACAGCAACAAUUACAACGGCGGCCAGAGACUUUUCACGUUACGAUAGCAUCGAGGAGCUGCAUCAGCGUACCAGCAGAAGUGGAAGCGCAAUUGGAAUAGUGCCCGUGGUUGCGGCGCAGGGUGAACAAGGUGCACGUGGUAGUAUAGUAGCCGCAACUGGAGUGGGAGUGGGAUCCAGCGAUGGAAUUGGCAGUGGAGUUGGCACAGGAGGUUUGUAUGCAACCGCAGGUGCGCGUAAUGUACCAGUAGUAGGUAGCGGUAAUGGCAUUGGUGUGCGUAUAGUAGGUUCGCGGAGUGGUAGUAUAGGAGCUGGUUUAGAUGAUCAUCGCACAGUGUUAAGUCCCAGUGGUACAGGAACAGUAUCGGCGACUAAUCAGCAAUUAAGCAGGGGUAGUGUGAAUGGCUAUACAACGGCAGCAGCAGCAGCAGUUGGGGGUGGAGGUGAUAGUGGUGGCAUUGGCAUUGGGGGAAGUGGCAGUGAGAGCGGUACACAAUUGAUAGGCGGUGCUACGUCGACGGUACGGGGGAGGCUUUCAAUAGGAACAGCACAAGGCGCGAUAUUGGAUGUGAAUGAUUUGCCUGGCUCGGGACUUUUAAUUGUAGGUAGUGGUGGUGGAGCUGGAGUUGGCCAGGGAAGUGUUGGAACGGGUGCAGUAACCGGCGGUGUUCCCAAACAGCAGGGCAUCUUUUCGAAUGUUUUCUCGAAAUUGAUCGACGGUAUGCCCGCCGGUACGAUUUUCUCAAAAUUCAAGAGUGCCAAUACGGCAUCGACAUCUUUGCAAAAUAUCACCGACGCGAAUCCUAUUAGCCAGUACUUUGAGAUUGGUGAGCAGGUGGCAUGUGCGGGCCCCGAACUGGUGUGGCGAAUACAUGACGGCUACCGGAAAAGUGAUGGCAAGGCGUGUUCAAUAUUCGUUUUCGAGAAAAAAAUAGCAGAAAAGCUGCUCAAACCGAGACGCAAGGAAAUUGUAACGGAAUUGCUGAAAAAUUCUGUUAAGACAAUGGAAAGAUUUCGUCAUCCAAAGAUUCUGCAAGUUUUGCACACAGUGGAAGAGUCGACGGAUGCACUAGCUUUUGCCGCUGAGCCUGUUUUCGCCAGUCUCUCUAAUAUUUUAGCUUUUCAUGAAUCAAAAACUUAUGAACACAUUGCCAUGGCAUCGAAUGCAUCAGGCACCGGCGCACAGAGCUAUCAACAGCAAACUACGGCAAUUCCACAACGGCCAGCUCAUGCGAAGGAGUAUAAUUUUUUAGAUAUCGAAAUCAAAUAUGGUUUUCUGCAGCUAGUGGAAGCUUUAUCCUAUUUACACUAUUCGGGCCAUGUUAUUCAUCGGAAUGUGUGCCCAUCAUCAAUAUUAGUUACCAAACGAGGCACUUGGAAGCUGGCUGGCUUAGAAUUUAUUGAAAGAAUGAAUGCGACUGAUGUAAAUGAGUUAGUUCCUUGUCCACCUUGGAGUAACAGGGUAUCGAAAAUGGCUCAACCCAACUUGGAUUUUAUGGCUCCCGAAACUCAAUUAACUUCGAAGGGCAGCCUACUUAGUGAUAUGUUUUCAUUGGGUUUGGUAAUAUGUGCCGUCUUCAACAAUGGACGUCCGCUUAUACAAGCCGGUAAUAUAGUUUCAAAUUAUAUGAAGCAGUUGGAAACGCUGGAGGAGUCUGUGCAGAAAAUGCUGCCGCGCGUACCGGUACCACUACAGGCGGCCACCUCACGUUUGGUUAGUAAAGAUGCUACUGCCAGGCCGACGGCGAAACAAAUGCAACUGAUUAAGUACUUUAUAGAUCCCGCUGUAAAUGCACUCAAGUUCUUAGAUGUGGUGAACAUGAAGGAUACGUCGCAAAAAUCGCAUUUUUACAAAAAUACGCUAAUGGAAGCGAUGCCGCUGAUACCGAGGAAAUUGUGGUGGCAAAAUGUGUGGCCAAUGUUGCAGGCCGAAAUUAGCAACGGUGAAGUGCUGGCGGUUGUCUUACAACCGACCAUUAGACUCAUACAAGAGGCAUCGCCAAGUGAAUACGAGUCGAUUAUGGCGCCGACAAUGAAAGUUCUUCUCCGUUCACCCAAAUCCACCCAGGCUACUGUGACUUUACUGGAAAAUUUACAUCUCAUUAUUGAGAAGACGGCACCUGGGGAUGUUACCACCGACAUUAUUCCAAUGCUGUUCUUUGCUUUCGAAAGCCCAUCAAUACAAGUGCAGAGCGCUGCCGUUGUUGCAGUUACAAACGUAUUCGACAACAUUGAAGAUGUCUCUAUAAGACGUAUGGUUGUGCCAAAGGUAAAAUCGGUGUUUGAAAAAAAUCUUGCCGAUCGAAAAAUUGUGCAAAAUGUUCUCAUCUGCAUUGAAGGGCUGAUGGAUAAACUGGAGCGAGCUCAGGUUAUGAAAGAAGUCCUGCAGCUGCUUGGUGAUGUUCGCAUACCGGAUCCGGAUAUUGUGAUGCAUACAGUUCCUCGUUUAAUUACAGGUUCAGGCAUGCUGGGAGGUUCGUGGUUCGGUUGCUCGCUAUCGUUGCCCGAUAGUAACUUCCCGCGUGCUGCUAAUGCAUUCCCCAACUGGCGUCUCUUGGAUAACACUUUGAUGAGACCGAAAACACGCAUAGCACCGUCGUGUGCAUCCUCUUCUGGUGGAAUGCCAGGCUCUGGACUGCCAACACGCCGACACUCGAGCAUUGGACCAAAGGAACGACGUGGCUCGAUAAUCAAUCUGUCCCCGCCUACUUAUGGAUUUGGUGCUCGCGGUGGUUCCGGAUCGAGGUUUUCGGUACCUUCCUCGUCGGCUUAUGUUGGUGGAUCAAUGCCGAAUACAUCGAGCAGUUUACCAUUUUUAUUAUCAUCCAGCAUGCCAUCGAUCCGUUCCAGACUUACUUCUACUGUACACACAUCGGGACCAUUGGGAUCUGGCUCUGGGAUUCUACAACAACUUGGCAGCGGAAUGGUAAGACAAAUAACUACUUCUACAUUUAAUGGUUAA